AUGGUAGAUUCGGUGGAAAGAAUAAGUCGAUGGAAUAGAUUGGAGAAACAAGCAGUACGAAAAAUUUUUAUUUACAUCUUGAACUUUGUGAAAUGGUUGCCGAUCGUGCCAUUUGGAAUUGAUACUAUGGCGAAAUACGAAGCUUUUAACUUGGGAGGAUUCCUUAAUUGUAUAUUAUAUUUGAUGAAUCAAGAUUUUUUACGUGAUUUAAAAUCAGAACCAUUUGUCUCGCUAGAAAAUUUUAGUAAUAAUAAUAACUCUGAAUGUCAAUCACAACCAAAAAAACAUCAAAGUAGUGAUGACGACAAUAGCGACAAUGUCCUGGGACAGGAAAGUAAAGAAGAGCAGGAAAAAUUGCAAGAACAAACUUCUCCAACCACAUCGCCGUCGCCAUCUUCAAAUACCUUGAAUAGAUGUGAUGUUGAUGAAAUAACGGUCGUUGAUAUUCAACAAACUACAAUAAAGGUUCAAGACAAUGAAGAUAAAAUUAAAGAUGAAUGUGAAUGCGAACUUCAAGUUAAAAAGAUGAUGAUUUUAGAUUUUUAA